CAGACACCAAUUGUACAUUUACAUGAUUUUUGGUACAGCACAAACUUUUUCAUACGCAACCAGGCAAAUACAUGUAGGUUUAUUGGUUAAAGUUUACAUGAAUUACUGGUCCCGUUUGUGUCGUCAUAUUUUUCAAGAAACUUCUUUGUGGAUACCGUUCAGCUUUGAAAUGAGGUUACUUUUCCUCAAAAGCAGUUAUGUACAGAGGUUAAAUUUAUGCGAAACCACAACCAGCUGGCUUUUUUCAAACGAAAAGGUUGACUUAUUUAGCCUGCGAUGCAGAAUAUACGGAGUUUUGUACGUAGAUGUUUACUACAUGUUGGGUAGAAGAGAAUUGUAUCUUCGUCGAACGAAUAAUAAUGGAAUUCUUCAGUAAUAAAGAGAUUAUUGUUGAAUGCAUUACUUUUAUACAUCGAUUUUGAUAAUUACGUCCAUCAUUUAAAAGUCAUUAAAUCCUUGUUAAACUUGUGUCUACGAUCCAAAUAGCAUUUUCAACAUUAACAUAGUACUCAAACUAUCUUCGUGAAAUUGCUAACAAAGGUUGUGAUAAACAUGGUAAAAUAUGGAAGGAAAUAAUGCCUUUGUGUCAAUCGAAGGACGGAAAGUCGAGAUCAUAAUGAUAAGGUCCAAGUAAAUUCUGUGAUCCAUAAUAAUGUUGAAACCUGGCUCGAGUCCCGUUGACUGGUGUGAGAGUAAUUAUUUAUACUCACCAUUUAUUGCAGAAUAUGUAAAUACAUUCAGCAACGUCUUAUUCUUUGCUCUUCCUCCAAUACUAAUGUGGUUGUUUCGCCCUUAUGGACAAGUAUUCAAUCAAGGAGUUCAUAUAAUAUGGGGAAUGCUAAUCGUCGUAGGCAUUUGUAGUGCAUACUUUCAUGCUACGUUAAGUCUUCUUGGACAAUUGUUGGAUGAAUUGGCUAUCCUGUGGGUUGUAGCCACUGCAUUUGCGUUGUGGUUUCCGGCAAGAUACCUCCCGAACUAUUUUCGACGCAAAAGGUAUGCCUUCCAGUGCCUUAUUUUGAGCGCAGCAGUUGUGAGUUCUGGCUUGGCCCUCGUUCAGCCAGCGAUGAACGCUUUUGUUUUGAUGAUUUUGGGUCUUCCGGCAUUGUACUUGAUGAUUUCAGAGCUCAACCGGUGCACAAACUCUCGAGUUUUACGUCUAGGUGCUAGAUGUGGUUCCAUUUGGAUCUUGGCAGUGUUUUGCUGGGUAAAUGAUAGAAUGUUUUGUGAUACGUGGUCGUACCUGAACUUUCCUUAUCUUCACGCAAUCUGGCAUAUACUCAUUUUUAUUGCCGCUUACACAGCAUGUGUGCUCUUUGCCUUUUUCGAUGCAGAAAAUAAGAUCCCAGAGAAAAAUCCUGAGCUUAAAUUUUGGCCGAGCGACAACUAUGAAUUUUUGGGCGUUCCAUACGUUGGUUUGUCGGGAAUCUCUUGGGAAAUGGAUCAUGUCAUUAAAAAGCAACAUUUAAUUUGAAUCUUCAACUGAUACUGAACUGAAUUUUUAAGCUUUAAUUGUUUACGUCAUAACAAACAAUGAUAUACUUGUCUAUGAAUCCUGGUGCUUGCAUAAAUGUAUCAACUUACGUCAAUUAUUAAUUUUCAAUCGCUUGCGUAUUGUUCGUAUAAAAUGGAUCAUUACAUUGCAUUGUCUCAGAGUUUGAAUCUACAAGGAUAUAUAUUUACGUAGUUCGUUCGGUUCGGGCUGCUCAGUUCCUUUUUGUUAUUAGUUUUGUAUUAAAUUUGUUUACAAACAUAAUAAAACUGAUUUAUGAAACAUG